UGCAGGCUUACUGUAACUCAUUCGAUCAGCUCGGUACCUCCAUCGGCAGCUUAAAAUUCAAAAAGCUACUUAUAUGAUUAGUAGAUUCGAAAUUUUCAUGUCAUUCACCAGAGACUGAUACACAGGCAGCCACGAUGUCGGAUCUGGCUUUCGAGGGAAAAUCGGCUAGUUUUUUGGACUGGUUUAAGGCCUGGCCUGGGGCGAGUUUUCACGAGGACAUUGAGAUUAGAGACCUCCGAAACAGUGGCCGAGGGCGUGGAAUCGUCGCAAAAGCCGACAUUCCAGAAGAUACUGUGCUUUUCACUAUACCGAGAGCUGCCAUCAUCAAUACGCAGACGUCUGAGCUUGCUAAGAAACUACCCGUUGCCUUUGCGCCUACUGUCACAGACGAUACUGACAAUGAAGCGGAUGAUGAUGGCGGCGAGAACGGCCCGCCCGACAACUGGGUUUCUCUCAUCUUGGUCAUGAUAUACGAGUACCUGCAGGGCGAUAAUUCCCGCUGGAAGCGGUAUUUUGACGUUUUACCGACUGACUUCGACACUUUAAUGUGGUGGUCUGACGCCGAGCUGGAUUGGUUGCAGGCCAGCUCCAUCGUUCAUAAAAUUGGCAAAGAUGAUGCAGAAUCCAUGUUCCGGGCAAGGAUCCUUCCCAUCGUCGAGAAGAACGCCGAUGUCUUCUAUCCCAAUGGUGCACAGAAGCUGUCAGAAGACGCGCUCAUCUCGCUAGCUCAUCGGAUAGGCAGCACCAUCAUGGCCUACGCAUUUGACCUGGAGAACGAUGAUGACGGAGCUGAUCAGGAGGAAGAGGACGAGUGGGUAGAGGAUAGAGAGGGCAAGAUCUUGAUGGGCAUGGUACCUAUGGCCGACAUCCUCAAUGCGGACGCCGAGUUCAACGCGCACGUGAAUCACGAAGAAGACAGCUUGACUGUUACUGCCAUUCGGCCAAUUGCCGCCGGACAAGAGAUAUUAAACUACUAUGGUCCUCUCGGAAACGGGGAGCUGUUACGUCGAUAUGGCUAUACUAGUGUGCAUCAUGCCCGAUACGAUGUAGUUGAGAUCCCGUGGAAUUUGGUGGUGUCCGCCCUGAAGCAGGUCCUUGUAGUGGAUAACACAAUAUGGGGUGAAGCCUCUGCCCAAUUCGAGCCAGAAGACUUUGAAGACGCCUUCGUUAUAGACCGUGACUUGGAUGAGCCAGAUUCGCGAGGCGAGUAUCACGGUCCUAAGACACUGAAGUCACUUCCAGAAGAUCUGCGCGAACAGAUCAACACCAUUCUUAAGGCCAUAAGAAAACUGAGCCCUGAAACAAUACCCGAUAAACAGCGAAGAGAUGAAAUCUGCCUAUCUGCCAUGGGGCGUGCGUUUCAGCUCAAGCUCGCCGAAUACCCUACAAGCACCGCCGAUGAUGAAAAGCUUCUCUCUAGCAAUACAGUAUUGGGUCACCCUGGAAUGGCGCUAUUUGUUCGCUACGGUGAAAAACUUAUCCUUCAAGAGGCUAUAAGUCUUGUCAGUGAGAAGAUCAAUGGCUCCAUAGCCUCGCAAGAGGAGGAUAACCAGCCUUCGGCAAAGAGAAUUAGGACGAAGUGAAGCAUCAUACAGCUGUUAUCGAUGGCCUCCAUAGCAACUUGGGGCCUUUAUCCCGUUUUAGAUCUCUUAAACUAUGCGGCAUUCGGCUAUUCAACUUAGCGAUGCCUGGAAUCUGACGAAAAUUGACGACUCAAAAGUUUGGUGUCAUUGAUGAAUGAAGAUAAAGACUCGCUUUCCCGCCUUGUAUAGACAAUUAGAUGUUAGAAAUAGACCUCACGGGUGUCCAUUUGUUCACGGAGGCUGACUUUAAAGCUGACUUCAAGGGGCCACUUUUCCGGUUCGGCCCAAACUUCGCGGUCCUCUCUAGCUAGGUGUUCCUUGCUUGAGCGCGAUUUUGUAUAACUUAAAUCUUCGUUAGAAACUAUAUGAUGGUGUCCACUGCAAGCCAUUCCGGUUCCUUACCGUGUUAGCUUGGAGAGUUUGUGCUUGCGAAAUUCCGGGUAAGUAAGCACAUGACGGCUCUAGUGCAAGUGUAAAUCUUCA